CUCCCGUAAGGAAACCAGAUAUGCGGGCCUAUCAUCUCUUCACUUUUCUUUCUUUUCUUCUCCCAGCACUUCAGACUCCGUGCAGUUUCUUCUCCCAUCGCCAUGUCCAAGGACGCGCACACCUUUGGCCAUCCCUGCAGAACGCACCAGACGAACGACCCCAAGCUGGUCUCCGAUAGGAUCUUCUUCGUGGAUGCCUCCAACCAGAGCCUGGCUGCCAUUCCGCAAGAGCUCCUGGGCCUGGGGGAGGUGGAAGAGGUGCAUCUGGAGAACAACCAGCUAGUGGAGCUGCCACCAGCCAUCCAGCGCCUGAGCCGCGUCCGCAUGCUCUACCUGGACAGGAACCACCUGCGCGGUUUGUGUCCGCAGCUCAGGAAGCUGCAGGGCCUGGAGGGCCUGGACCUGAGCCACAACCCGCUGCCAGCCAGCUCCUUGCGGGUGCUCAGCGGCUUGCGGGGCCUGCGGGAGCUGCGCCUGUAUCACCUGGGCCUGCCUGAGCUGCCGGUCGCGCUCUGCAAGUCUCUGCACCACCUGGAGCUGCUGGGGCUGAGCGGCAACCGCCUGCAGGCUCUGCCCAAGGAGGUGGUCAACCUGACGCAGCUGCGGGAACUCUACCUGAAGCAGAACCUGCUGGAGGCCUUCCCCGCCGAGCUGUGCGGGCUGCUCACCUUGGAGGUGCUGGAUCUGGACGACAACAAGCUGGCAGCCCUCCCGGAAGAGCUCGGCAACCUCCAGGAGCUCCGGAAGCUCUACGUGGCGGCCAACAGCCUGCCCGCCCUUCCGGACGCGCUGGGCCAGUGCUGCCACCUGUCGGUGCUGGACGUGUCCGACAACCGCCUGCGCUCGGUGCCCCGCAGCCUGGCGGCGCUGCCACAAGUAACCGAGCUGGGGCUCAGUGGGAACCUGCUGGAGAAGGUGCGGCGCUUCCUCUGCAAGUGGACCUGGCUGCACCUGCUCUACCUGCGCUCCACUGGCCUGCACGCACUGCCCCGCGCCUUCCACCACCUGGUCAACCUGCGCUUCCUGGAUCUCCGCCAGAACUUCCUGGAACACUGUCCAGACCAGAUCUCUGAGCUGAGGAACCUGGAGUUCCUGGCGCUGGAUGACAACAGGCUGACCAAGUUACCUUCAGACUUUGGUUCACUUUCACAACUGAAGAUACUUGGGCUCUCUGGAAACCAGUUUCUCUCAUUUCCAGAAGAAAUUCUUUCUUUAGAGUCUCUAGAGAAAUUAUAUAUUGGGCAAGACCAAGGAGCCAAGUUCACCAGCAUACCUGAGCACAUUAGGAAGCUGCAGAACCUUAAAGAGCUGUAUUUGGAGCACAAUUAUCUGGAGUACCUACCUGCAACCUUGGGCUCAAUGCCGAACCUGAAAAUUCUUGAUUGUCGCCACAAUCUGCUUAGGCAGCUUCCAGAUACCAUUUGCCAAGCCCAAGGUGAGGAGUCACAGUCCAUUCAGCCUUUACUUUACAUGAGCUGA